AUGUUAAUUGAAGAGCUUAAGCAUACUUUCACCAAUGUUAUGAAUAUUAGGAAAAUGAGUACAAGAACCUAUAGAGAUGCUAUAAAUGCACUAAACACAUUACAAUCAAAUUUUGCAUCAAUUGAAGCUAUGAAAAAAUUGGGACCAAAUGUAAAUAGAAAUGAAUUAUCAAUUAAUGAAGUUAGAGAAUAUACAAAAAGAUUAGGUUAUAAACCUUCAGAUUUCAAUAAAUUGAAUAUAAUUCAUGUCACUGGAACCAAAGGUAAAGGAUCAACUUGUGCAUUUACAGAAAGUAUAUUAAAACAAUAUCAACUUCAAUCUCAAGGUAUAAAUAAAAUUGGUCUAUAUACAUCACCACAUUUAAAAUCUGUACGUGAAAGAAUUAGAAUUGAUGGAAAACCUAUAGACAAAGAUUUAUUCACAAAAUAUUUUUUUCAAGUAUGGGAUAAAUUAACAACGACUCAAUCAGAUCCUGAAGAAUGGCCUACGUUACAACCAAGUAAUGAAGUGAAACCAAUGUAUUUCAAAUAUUUGACCGUUUUAUCAUUCCACGUCUUUUUACAAGAAGGAGUUGAUACUGCCAUUUAUGAGGUUGGUGUUGGAGGAACUUUUGAUUCGACUAAUAUAGUAGAAAAACCAACAGUGACAGGAAUUAGUGCAUUAGGAAUAGAUCAUACAUUUAUGUUAGGAAAUACAAUUGAAAGUAUAACGGAUAACAAAACAGGUAUAUUCAAACAAGAUUCACCUGCAUUUGUCAGUGAACAAUUUGAAUACCCUCAAUCACAUAAACAAAUUGAAAAGAGAGCCAAAGAAUUGAAAGUUAAAUCAUUAGAAUUCGUGAAUUCUAAACAACUUCCUGAGGUAGAACUUGGAUUAUCUGGAGAUUUUCAAAAAGAAAAUGCUACGUUAGCUGUAAGAUUGGCUGAUGCACAUUUACAAGCGCUAGGUAUAGACAGCGGAUUGCAAUUGGGAGAAAACAUCGUCAUCAAAACACUACCUGAGGCUUUCAUCACUGGACUAAAAGAUGUAGAUUGGCCGGGAAGAUGCCAAAUAAUUGAUGACAAACCAAAAGGAAUCACAUGGUACAUAGAUGGAGCUCAUACAAUAGAAUCUAUAAAUGCUUCAUCAACUUGGUUCAAACAAGAACAAAUUUUACAACCACCAAAGAAAAAAAUCCUUUUAUUUAAUCAGCAAGGUAGAGACAAUUAUGAAGAACUUUUGACGAAAUUACAUCAAGUUAUUUGCGUUAAUGAUCCACAAAUAAAAUUCGAUGAAGUGAUAUUUACGACGAAUACAACUUGGUCAACAGGUCAAUAUAAUUCCGAAUUAGUAUCGAAAAAUACUUCCGAAGAUGCUGUAAAAAAACUUGAAAUACAAAAUAAAUUUAGUGAACUAUGGGAGAAAUUAGAUGGAGAUCAUUCAGAAAGACAUGUUUUUCCUGAUAUUGAAACAGCGGUUGAGUAUAUAAAAAGACAAGAUCAAGUUAAUGUGUUUGUAUGUGGUUCAUUACAUUUGGUUGGAGGGUUUUUAGUCGUAUUGGAUAAUGAAAGGGAUUAA